AUGGAAGAAAAGCAGUUGUACGGCGCUUUAACUGUUUACCGUGAGAGAGGAGCCUAUUUACGCCGGCUGGAACAAUUUGAAAAGGCAAAGGCAUCUUACGAUGAGGCGUUCAGAAACGCUCCUGAAGAUGUCGCAACGCUCACGGGACGUAGCCAGGUAUGCUCUGACGCCGUACAGCCGGUCCAGGCUUACUCAGACGCCGAAAUAGCGCUACAGCUGGAGCCUGCUAAUAUGAUUGCACGUAAUAUGCAAGCUCGUGCCAUGUACACCAUGUCCGAUUUUGAGAGGUCGGUCGUUAUGAACUAUCGGGGAGCGCGAGUCCGUCGCCAACCGCCCUAUUUCACGGAAGGCAUCAAUCAGGGCGUUGAAACUAUCCAAGACUGCAUCGGUAUCAACGCCGGAAAUGUCAUGCUUGACUUCUUGCCUUUAAUAAGAAAAUCAGAAGUUGGUGUCGUUGACGAGCACGAGCCCCAGAAACAGUUGCACGUGUCGCGUAUUCCACGCCAAGAAAAAAAACGCAAGUUGACCCAAAUGGAGGCUCGAAAGCAUUUUACCUUAGCACGUGUCCUUGCUAUGAAAUAUCUAGGCCCUAUGGCAUAUGACAAGUUCUUUCUCCAAGAGCUCACCGAGGACCUAAGAUUACAAUCGGCUAACUCAAAAGGUAGUACUGAGCUAAAAAACAUUGUAAAAGAAGCACUACGUUCAUUGACCGAGCGACAGGAUAUGUUACGAGCACAAAGACCGUAUUAUACUAUUAAACUGGCUGAAAAAGCUGAAUCUAAGCAUCAGAAUAAGUACAAGGAAGCAAUGCUUGUAACUGAGCGCGAAAUAGGCGCACGCAGUGCUGAGCACUUACUGAAACAAAUCGAGAAGAAUUUGCGAGAAAAACGCGUUAUGAAUGUCAUGUCAUACGCAGAACGCCUCCAGACCUUCCUUGAUGCGAAAACUCCGCGGACCUUGCCAGAUAAAGAGAUUUAUAUCGAUCGAUUAUAUAGGGCAGUAGGUGAAGCAUACUUAUGCCAGCAUCGUUUAUCGUAUAGAUUAAGUGAACGGGGUAACAGACGCCGAAUCGCGUUCUUAAUGGGCCUUCCCGUCGGUCGACCUACUUCCUUCGACUCUGUGCUUGGAAAUUAUCCGUAUAAAUUUAUUGACGUCAAACAAGCCACGAGCAAGGUGGCCGCCUCUUUGGAAAUGUGCGAGAAUUCAACAAUGAGAUGUUGGCUAAUGUACGAGAUGGCCAGAUUGCUGUCGACACAAAAGAACUACGCUCUCGCCAAGUUUUACGCUAAACGGUGUCAGCGCGAGGCGCAGGAGAUUUCCAACGUGACGUGGUGGCUGAACGGAUUAUUUGUUUUAAUGAGCGGUGACAUGCAACAGGGCAACACAAAUGAAGUGAGAAUCCAGGUGGAGGAAGCUUACGAGUACUCCAAGAAGCUACAAGAUCCCGAACAGGUGCAGGCCUUCCUUAGCAAAUGUGCUGAGAUGAUGGCCGACGCAGUCACAGCCGAUGAGCGGAAAGCGAUAGAGCAACGCGAGAGGCAAAUUUUGGGCGUGAUGGAUGAUGUUCAGCGCGUGGAGACUCGGGUGCUGUUUAAGCGAAUGUCCAUAGUGCCUACAGGACGCAGAUUUUCUGUAUUACCACAGAAACAAGAGGGAGGAGUGCAACAAUCGGAGCGUCGUAAACUACGCCAGAGAGGUCUCUCUGUCAUACCAGGUGAAGAGAAAGGAUUAGUGCCUCCCCCAAAGUCGGACACCCCUGGUCGGCAGAUUUUUGAUAUU